AUUUCAAUAGUACUUAAGGUCAACUUGAAACUUAACUUAAACACAUAGGUGUUUCAAUCUUGUACUCAAUAAUAUUCCCAUAACGUGUCCUUUGAAGCUAAUUUUCCUAUAAAUGCAACUAUAUAUAUGCAUGUAAUGUAAUGUACCCUUCAUAAGGAAAACAAAUUGAAAAAUAUAAGGUCAUUAGAAAAUAUUAGAUAUGGCUAGAUUGAAAGGCUUGAUACUGUCUCUUCCAUUUGGAUUUAUGUUGCUGUUAUGUUCUUCUUUUAUUAUACUACCUGGUGUCAUCGGAUGGAGCAAAGAGGGUCAUGAAAUGACAUGUCUAAUUGCACAGGCACUUUUAAAGCCUGAAGCAUCAGAAGCAAUUCAUCAUUUGUUACCUCCCUCUGUGAAUGGUAAUUUAUCAGCAUUAUGUGUAUGGCCUGACCAAAUUAGACACUGGUACAAAUAUAAAUGGACUAGUCCACUUCAUUUCAUCGACACGCCCGAUAAAAAAUGUGGUUUUCAGUAUUCGAGGGACUGUCAUGAAGAUAUGUGUGUCGCCGGAGCUGUCAAAAAUUUCACUUCUCAACUUUCACAUUACAAAGAAGGAACUUCUGAUCGGCGAUAUAAUAUGACUGAGGCAUUAUUGUUCUUGGCGCACUUCAUGGGAGAUAUUCAUCAGCCGAUGCAUGUUGGAUUCACCUCGGACAAAGGUGGAAACGCGAUUGAUCUACGUUGGUAUAGGCACAAAUCUAAUCUGCAUCAUGUGUGGGACAGAGAAAUUAUUCUCACUGCAUUAGCAGAUUAUUAUGACAAAGAUGUGACACUCCUCCUCCAAGACAUUGAGAAGAACUAUACCAAUGGAAUCUGGUCAGAAGAUGUUGCUUCUUGGGAACAUUGUAAUGAUCUAUCUCUUUGUGUGAAUAAUUGGGCUAAAGAGAGCAUACAAAUUGCUUGCAAAUGGGGUUAUGAAGGAGUUAAAUCCGGAACAACUCUUGCAGAAGAGUACUUCGACUCAAGGAUGCCAUUUGUGAUGCAACGAAUUGCUCAAGGUGGAAUUCGAUUAGCCAUGAUUCUGAACCAAGUGUUUGGAGAUUCUAAAGAAGGAUUUGUAGCAGCUACUUAAGCAUACUCAUAAAAAAUGUGACUAGAAAAUUAGUUGAUUGAAUUUGUUAAUGACAAUUGAUCAUAGGGUUAACUCCAUAUCAAAAUGCAACAAAUUGUUAGUUUCUCACAUUAUUGAGCUUGGAAGCACAUGCAAAAAGCCAACUCAACAUAUGUAUAAAUAUGUUAUUAUCAGUUACAUUUAUGAUUAUAUAUGGCCAGCUUUUGGUUUUAA